AUGUAUAUGCCGCGGAAGCCGCUUGGUGGCGGGGCGGCAGCUGCCGAUCGGCGGGACGGCCACGGAGGCGACCCCCAUAACCCUCAUCCGCAGCUUUUCUUCACAGAGCCCUCUCAUACGUGCCUGCUGCUUCCCGCCGCCCGCUCCGGGACCUUCCCUCGCAGUCCCUCACCGCGGUCUCAGGGCAGCCGCCGCCUAAGCCGCCUGGGAGACGCUGCCCCUCCUCCCCCGCGCGCGGCCCCCGACUUUGGACCUGGCCCUGCCCCUGGGCGCUCUUGCAGCGCUCCGCGCCGCUCCGUUGGUAGCCCGCUGCCGAGGCGCAGGGACGGCGGUGGUAUCCGCCGCCAGGAGCGCGGCUGGGCUCGGCAGCCGGCUCACGCAGUCGCAACCCAGAAGACCAGCCGGGAGCGACAGCGGGGUCGGCAGCCCACCCGCCGCCGCAGCACGGCGCGUAGGACCGGCACAUCCCUGUUCUGCCGGGGGCGGCUCUGCCAACCACCCCCACCCCCUCCGUCACCCCCUUCCUUCCCUCUUUUCCUCCUCCCUCCCGCCCUGCCUUCUGCUUUCUCUCUCCGCCCCUCUAGAACGAUAUCCGUGGGAGUUUGCUUCACUGCCCGUGCCGGCUGCCGCAUCCCCCCCGCCACCAACUCUGGGGAGCCUCCGGCGGAGGGCAGGGACCCGAAGUUGAGGACUGACAGGGAGAAGCACCGGCGACGCGGAAAGGGCCAGAGCCGAGCACAGGCCGGCCCAGACGAGGCAGCGCGCCGCAGCCCCCAGGUCGGGAGCCAACCCCGGGCCGCACUGGCUGGGCAGAGCGACUCGGCUCCGCGGCAGCUGUCGGCCGCCCCGAGCCCCGUUCCCGCCUCUCGCCAGAGCUGCUGCGAAGCAGCAGGCAAAGUGGAAGAAAACCCGAAACGGCUCUUUUAACAGAAAAAUCUUGGCUGUCUGCCUCUUACACAUUUUCCUUUUGCUUCGUAAUGGAAGGAGCAGGAUUGUCUGAAUCAUUAAGGCAAAAUUUGGGAAUCAUUGGCUGAAGACAUCAUGAAAAAAGACUUGACUAUGUCGAUACUCUCUGACUACUAAUUCAGACACACUUUCUGCAGACAGAGGCGUAUAGUUGAUAGAAGCACAGCAGUUUCCUACAGAGAGCA